AUGGAACGUUGUUCUUUUAUUUUGAAAAAGAAAAACCGGAAAUGUCGGAUGCUGGUGAAAAACGGCCAGAAAUAUUGCGGAGAACAUGCUAUUUACGAUGAUCAGAAUGAGGAUCGUAUCAUUUGUCCAAACGAUCCAAGACACACAGUGAAUAAAUCACAUUUGCAAAAACAUUUAUCUUCUCGAUGUAAUAGUCGUUUACCUGAAGUACCGUGGAUCGUUAAAAAUUUUAAUUUAGCAGGAUCUCCAAAUGGAGUGGAGCCGUGGUAUCGUCCUUCAGAUGGCGAAUUUUUGAGAAUUCGAAAAAUCAUUGAAAGAAUAUACAACCAGAUAGCCAGUGAUAUUACAGAUUCCUUUCUGAAAAAUGAAUUUAUUGAAAACUGUGCUUCAAGUUUUUCAAAACUGAAAAAGAAACAUAUUUGGCAAAUAUCAUCAAUAAUUGAACAUCUAAGAAUAAUCGAGUUGCUUAAUAAUGACAAGCGCUGGUGUAUGAUAGAUUUUGGAACCGGUAGAGCACAGCUUUCAUAUUGGAUGGCCAAAAUUGCUCCAAAAUGUCGAUUUCUGCUGAUCGAAAAGAUGGGAUCAAGGAAUAAAUUCGAUAAUAAAAUUCACAAAUUUAAAUUAAUUCAUUUCAAAAUUGAGGAACUGGAUUUAGUCUUUCUUGAACGAUUACGUUGUUCGGUGGAGCAUCUUGAUUUAUCGAAAAUUGAUUUGAUUCGGGAUGUGGAUAAUACAGCAGCAGUAUGCAAACAUUUCUGUGGUGCUGCUACAGAUUUUGGUAUCCGGUGCUUAAUGAAUGGAGUAAAAAGCGGUUUGAAUGUAAAUGGUUUCGUUUUAGCCCCGUGUUGCCAUCAUCGAACUACAUACAAUGAGUACAUUGGUCGCGCCUUCUUAGGAUCUCAUGGCAUUUGUAGCUCAGAUGAAUUUGCCGCUUUAAGACAUAUUUCAACAUGGGCUGUUUGCGGUUUCCUUAAUCAGGAGAAUCUUGAUGCUACUGUUUCUGUUUCAUCUCAUUCACCAAAGUUCGAAAAUUUGGGUCAACAGAAAGCAAAGUUGGAAUUCAUGUUGCUGAAUUCAGCGGAGAAAGAACUUCUUGGACAGAAAGCUAAAGCGGUUUUGGAAUUUGGUCGAGUCGUAGAACUUCGGAACAUUGAAGGUUCCGGUUUAAACUCGGUUUCGGGUCCCGAAACAUCUGAGGAACAAAAGAAGCGGUUCGAAAUUGAAUGUGAAUUUGUACAGGCUUUAGCUAAUCCUCAUUACUUGAAUUUUUUAGCGCAGCGAGGUUAUUUUAAGGAGCCAUACUUCAUCAAUUAUUUGAAAUACCUUUUGUACUGGAAAAGACCAGAAUACGCGAGAGCUUUGAAAUAUCCGCAGUGCUUACAUUUCCUUGAAGCGGUACAGAGCUCAGCUUUUCGUGAGGCAAUAACUUGUACAGCAAAUGCAAAAUUUAUUGAAGAACAACAGUUGCUGCAAUGGCAAUAUUAUACUCGUAAACGCCAACGAUUGCAUGUGUAUACAACGGAACACGAUGAUGACGGACAGGAAUGGAAGCAGCAGCAUCCACAACAACGGCAAAAAACUUCAACGACAUCUUCCUAA